AUGAGCGAUAGCGACAGCGACAGCAGCUCGGACAUGUGCGGGCUCUGUGGAGGGACACCAUGCGACUGGGAAGCGAUGCGGGGAGUGCUAAUUGAGCGCGGCGAUAAGAUGAGCAAUGACGUUGACGGAGAGGACAGGAAAAAGGUUCGGCGAGCCAUGUGCCAGCUCUACGUGUACCUAAAGUUUGGCAGUCUGGUCAAAGCGUGCGUCGUGCGUGCUCCAGAGUGUGUCAUCAAGGCGAUUAGAGCGUGCUAG